AUGUCCCCCAAAAAGCACGUCGUCUUCGACGUAGUCGGCACCUGUGUCUCCUUCGACGCCUUCUACGCCGGAAUCGACCGCACAAUCGGCCCCAAACUCCUCGCAAACAACAUAACCCCCCGCUCCUUCGGUUUCACUUGGAUGACAGCCGCCGAGCUAGAAUUCACCUUCCUCUCAAUCUCCGAGCGCUACAAACCCUACAAGGAAAUUCUGCGCGCCCUCUUCUACCGCACCCUCUACAUGAUGGGCAUUCAAGACCCGCGCGCUUUCGCAACAGAUACCGAGCGCGAAGCAUGCGCGCAAGCAUACUCAGAUCUGGAACUACGUCCUGGUACGAAGGAGUGUUUUGCCACGCUGCGUGAGGCAGGGUUCACUGUUUGGGCAUUGACUACUGGUGAUGCGGUGAGGGUGCGUGGAUACUUUGAGAGGGCAGGGUUGGAGAUGCCUUUGGAGAAUUUUAUUACGUGUGAUACGGCUGGGGUGGCGAAGCCUGCGUUGGAGGCUUAUCGGCCUGCGCUGAAGAGAUUUGGGGAAGAUGAUGUUAAGUGGUUUGCGGCGGCUCAUAUGUGGGAUGUUACUGCUGCUGUUAAGGUUGGGUUUAGGGGGGCUUAUUGUACGAUUUAUGAAAAGGAAAGUUGUGCGGAGAUUUUUGAUGCUGAGCUGGAGGUUUUGGAGGAUACUUUGUUGGCCAUGGCGGAGAAGAUUGUGGCGGCUUCGUUGUGA